AUGACCAUUUGGGAUGCGCUCACUGGACGAAAGUCCUCAUCUCAACAACCGCAGUCGUCGUCCAAUUCCGCUUCUACGCCCGCACCAACCGACAGCUAUACACCCGUUCCCUUCAACCCCGAUGACGUACGAGGAACGGAUUCCUUUUCCGCAUUCGCCGACCCUUCUCUACUACACCCCUUAGCAGGUCUAGAUAAGGAGGGCUUGGAAUACUUAAGUUUAGAAGACUCAGCCCUAUCAGACCUCCCCGGCGCACAAACAGCUAUACCUUCUCGAGGUUUCAGCGAUGACUUAUGUUACGGAACCGGUAUUACAUAUCUGACGGCAUUAUCAUUAGGGGGUGUAUGGGGACUUCAAGAAGGGUUACGAAGAUCCUCGGGUCAACCACCAAAGUUACGUCUAAAUUCGGUUCUUAACGCCGUAACGCGAAGAGGCCCAUUCUUAGGAAACUCGGCCGGUGUCGUCGCUAUCACAUACAACUGUUUCAACUCCGGCAUUGGUUACAUUAGAGGACAACACGAUUCGGCGAACACAAUCGCGGCGGGUGGCUUGAGUGGCAUGUUAUUUAAAAGUACACGGGGAAUUCGACCGAUGUUAAUAUCAGGUGGUAUUGUGGCUUCGGUGGCGGGCGCCUGGGCGGUUACUCGUCAAGUUCUCCUCGGCCCAGAAACUAGAGGGCAAGAAUUGCACUUCUAG